GCACAUCCCUGGCUGGCCGCUCAGCUGCGCCGCCUGUGCAGCCCUGAUUUUUACACAACAUAAACAUUCGAUUUUGGAGGAGCUCUUUUUUCGAGAGAAUACCAGGUCGUUGGACACGGGAGAUGCUCUGAUUAGGGGCGCAUGUGGAGCAGCCAACGCCGGAAUCGCCGACAUGAAAAUCCUCUCCCGUCUGGGUCGCCUGAUGCGCUACACGGUGGCCUACGCGGCAAUCACACACUGCACCUUCGAGUACAUUGGCGAUUUCGUCCUGGUAAGGCGUCUAGGAUGAAGUUCCUGGGCGGGUAUACUUGCCCAACAUGUGCCAGCAUCACAUAGUUCGUGUGAAUGCAUUAAGUGCAAAGGACCCUCCAUGGAGCCCACCCUGCACUCGGACAACGUUCUUCUCACCGAGCGCUUGUCGAAACACUGGCGAACCUACCAGCCCGGCGACAUAGUCAUCGCCAUAUCGCCCAUCAAAGCCGAUCAGUUCAUUUGCAAGCGUAUCGUGGCCGUUUCCGGUGAUCAGGUGCUAAUCCAGAAGCCCAUUCCCAUUGAGGCGGAGUUUAGUGGUAAUUCGGAUGACAAGAAGAAGCCCGUGAUGGUCAAGGACUAUGUGCCGCGCGGACACGUUUGGAUUGAGGGUGACAACAAGGGAAACAGCUCGGAUUCCCGCUACUACGGACCCAUUCCGGUGGGCCUCAUCCGGAGCCGCGUGCUCUGCCGCAUCUGGCCGAUAUCCGAGGCCACGGGUCUAUAGAUGGCAUUCGUACAACAAAGAGUUUAAAAUCAACUUGACCCAAUAAAUGGCCUAUGUUUCGUUUGGAAAUUAUAGUACAUCAAACCACAACUUUUUAGAAUCAUUACGUAUGCGAGUUUCGUCUCAUUUGUGCGACUUCUGGUUUUUGCAUAUCAUUGAAAAUAAGUUGAAAAAAACAGGAGAGAAUAAUAAUUUCUUUUCAUUUUUGUUUUUAAUAAACAUAUUUUUCAAAGU